AGUAGGUUGGUAAGUGUCGGAUGUUCCGUGUGUGUGACUUAUUUAAAAGUAUUAUUACACUCGGUUGUAUUCGUCCAUUCGUUUGUUUUGUAUUUCGCUUUUCAUUUACCAUUUUCAUUCAAAACAAAAACGAAGUUAAUUUACAGUAUUAUUAAUUGUAAUAGCAACGGACACGCAUAAAUCGUCAAAUUUAUUUAAAACAUUAAGUGGUUUUUACUGACAUAAAAUAAUAUUAAUACAGUAUACGUUUUUUUUUUUUACAAUUGUACGGGUUUUUCAUGUCUCGCACACGUGAUCACAACAGUCGUUUUGUAUGUUGGUGACGACGGUUUUUUUUUUUGAUUAAAUUUUUGUUUGUUCAUACAUUGAGGAUAUAAAUCAUCAUAUAAACAUGUGCGAUUUACGAACCAACAAUGGAGAGUCCAUGUUCGAUGACAUUGACAUGGGACUUAAGUCUAUACUAGACGAAUCAUUCCAUCCAUUUUUCCCGGGUAAGAAAACUCAAUCAGUGGCCAACGUCCCAAAAAGAGUCAACCGCAAAUCUUCAGGUAAAGCUUGUGGAGUGCCCAGAGAUGGCAAUUCCGAUAAAAAAGAAGAAACUGAGCUUUUGUGGACUAACGUCGUAGAAUCUCAGUCAGCAUUUUUGGGGCCGAACCUUUGGGACAACAAAACCAUACCAUACGACAAUGACCUCAAGUAUUGCGACCUCGACGAAUUCCUGUCCGAAAACGGAUUGCCAGUGGAAGGCGACCAUCAGAACGGAACGACCGCGGGCAACGUCAAUCCGGGCACCGUAGUGGCGGUCAACCACCAGGGUGGGCCCAUCAUGCCGGGCGCCAACAACCGCUUGUCGUCGCCGCCGCCACCGGCUUCCAUACAUCCGAUACAACACUUGCAGACAAAUGGUGUGGCGGGCGUGGGCGUCAUACUGACCAAGCGCGAACCGUCUCCGUCGCCCAGCGAACCGCUCAGCCCGAUCACCAUAAACCCGGCAUCACCAGCAGAUUCAACAUUGUCGUUCGCGUCGUCCAGCAGAGACUUCGACCCGAGAACAAGGCCGUUUUCCGACGAAGAAUUGAAGCCGCAGCCAAUGGUAAAGAAAUCAAGGAAACAGUUUGUACCGGAUGGGCUGAAAGAUGAGAAAUACUGGGCAAGACGUAGAAAAAACAACAUGGCGGCAAAGCGAUCGAGAGACGCGAGACGAAUGAAAGAGAACCAAAUUGCAUUGAGAGCAGGGUUUUUAGAAAAAGAGAACAUGGGCCUUCGACAAGAGAUGGAACGUUUAAAGAAAGAAAAUUUAGCACUCCGAGAUCGUCUUUCAAAGUUCGAGAUCUAAAAUAUUUCCCGUGGAUUUGUAUGCACCAUAGUAUCCUUACCCUCUGUGUUUUCGAAAAAAGAAAUACCUUACCCAAAUUAUCGUUACUAUUUACCGCACCGUUGACAGUCAGCUCGUUAAUAAACUGCAAUCACUCUUCUAACGCACCGCGGUGGUCGCCUAUAAAGGAGUUGUGUAUAGAAAUGAGUUAUAUUAUAUAAUUACGUUAUAGUUAAAAAAAAAAAAAUAAAAAAGCGUAUAUCCAUAUAUAUGUAUACAAUAAUAUAUAAUGAAUAUUAUUGCUAUAACGCAACUGAUCUCAAUUCCAAAUACGAAAGAAAUUCCACACACAAUAUCAUCAAACAAUUGAUCAGAUUCUCAAGAACAAUAUAAAUUUGUCAAUACAACAACACUGGAUACUAUAAUAACAUUUAAAACAAGGUUAAUUUUCCCCCGAGUAUAAACUUACAAUAGCUUUUAAGUCGAUGUACAUGGUUUUUGUUGUUCUGUACAUAAAAUAGGUCUACAAUUAUUAAAUUAUUAAUUAUAUUAUUAUUUUAUUUUA